AUGGACCGAUCAUCGCCUCGUCAUCUCCGAGACGAGGAUUCGCUUAAAACCUCACAGGAGACCUCAAGGUAAGCGACCCCCGGGUAAGCUAAGUAUUGCUUUGUUGUCUUUGCCUGCUCACCAUCUCCAUUUCAGCAAUGAGCUAGCUCAAAGGCUAGCCGACCUUCCAGUCACCGCUGCAUCCGCCGGCGAGAACGCUUCCGUGGAUAACCGAUGGUGUCAACUUAGGGACAUGGUACAGUCAACCUCCCUGACUGUCCUUGAUCGCUCAGGUCGCCAAAAUCAGGACUGGUUCGACGACUAUGACGACGCCAUUUACAACCUACUUGCCGAGAAGAACCGCCUGCACAAAGCCUAA